CCUCUGAACGAAGUAAAACAAAAUAAAAAUGAAUGACAUUUACAUAACCUCACAUAACCUGAAGGCUGAAUUUUCUAUAAAAAUAGUUAUAAAAUGUGUAAAUAAAAAAGAUAGCCUAACAAAUAAUGAUUCACAAAUGGUGGCACAGAUUCGUUCGUAAAAGAACAAAACCUAUCCCAGAAGAUACAGCUGUUUUAUGGAAACGGCGACUAAGCAUAGCUUAUGGUUUAUUUGCCUGGAAUGCAUUUGGCUUAGUAAUUUAUAGCGUAUAUCAAGGGAAGGCCGACUGGGCUCAUUAUCAUGGUAUUAAGACAGACGAAGAACACUCGGUGCCUCCAGGAAAAGCAUGGGCAAAUGUCUUAGGUAUUAAGAACGCUAAGGUUAUCAGAAUGUCUGGCUUGUCAAAAGUAGAUGAAUAUGAAAUAGUAGAUGGAGAAAUUAAAAGUAAAGAAGAGCCAACUAUCAAAUCUAACAAGCUCCUUGAGGAUUAGAACAUAGAUAAAUAUUUUAAUGAAUACCCAUGAUAUAAAUAGGUGAUUGUUGUAAAAAAUAAAUAAGUUAACUUGA